AAGAGGAAACCGCGCUGAUCUCCGGCUCUUCCGCUCACGCCAGUUGGUGGCGACUUGCUCCAUUAUUUUUCAAAGAGCAAAAACAAAGAGAACCGGGAGGAUUAGACUCGAGUUCAGCGGAGUUCAGAAGUGACCGGUUUCAGCAGAUUUUACCGCGAUGGCAGAAACAUAUUUCCACGUUCAGCUCACCGCUAUUCUGGACAUGCUGCUUAAAACAGCGGCGGUGGAUAUCUGCGCUCUGGCUGACAGCGUCUUCUCAUCUCUACAGAGGGAAAUAGAGAGAUGCACGUCUGAAAACGACGAGCUGAGGCGGCAGCUCCAGAGUUUUCUAUCAGAACCGAACAUUUCAGAACCGAUAGAAGCGGCUCCGCUAAAAACUAGAGAGAAAAACUGUAGAACGGAAGAGGAUGUGGCUGGAAAAUCACACGAUUCUAAACAGAAGACAAACAAUAUGGAGACUAAUACAGGAGCAGUCAAAAGUAGUCAGCGGCUGCAGAAGCGGAGAGCUGUAUCAGCAGGAGUUAAAGUGGAGGUGACUGAGAUGUAUGUUACAAACCAGUGCAUGCAAGAUAGCAUGGAUGAUGAUGCAGAAAUAAACGAUCAACUUUCAGACCUCAGUCCUGAACUCAAGACUGAAUUAAAGCACAACGCUGCAUCCGGAUCACAUCUCAACUGGAACGACUGCAGCAUUAAAGACUUUGAGGAGGAAGAAGAGGAGAAUUCUUUAUCUCUGGAGGGGCAGGAAGACAUAGAGGACCUAAACACUCAUUAUGUACCAUAUGCCCAGUCUUCUAGAGACGAGGAAGAUGAGGAAAGAGACAAAGACCAGCUGCAGCAUGACCCAAUGUCUUUGCCACGGACACGAGAUUUACAGUGUUCCUUCAUACAGAUUGAUGGAACUGUGACUGCUGCUGUUCCCCACAAUAAUGAUAGGCAGGCACAAUGUAAGAGUGUUUGUCCUAUCUGUGGAAAAAGAGUGAUGUCAGAAAAAAGACUGAGAGUUCACAUUAAAACACAUUCUGAUCUGAGGCCCUACACAUGCUUUCAGUGUGGGAAGAGUUUCACUCGAAAAGCAACCCUGAAUUUCCACCAGAAUAUCCACAGAGGGGUGAAACCGUAUGCCUGCAACUUCUGCCCAAAGUCAUUUGCUGACCCAAGUGCUCUACGCAGACAUAAAGCCAUACACAAGGUGAUGGGUUAGGACUGGAGUAUUAAUCACACAGUGAGAGCAUGCUAACUUACAUACUUGAAGCUGGUAAGGGGGACUUGGUGAGGGUAAAUGAGACAAGUCCAAUGUCUUCUCCAAAUCAGUGCUUACUCUGUUGAUUGAAAAUGCUCUUAUGAACUUCAUCGAAUGACUUCUGAGUCUACAUUACAAUUCCAGGUUUUUGGAAUCUCAGUGUUUUCUAUACAAAUCUAAUUCUGCUGCAGAAAGAUGUGUAAAUGAUAUGUAAUAUGUUUCUGGCUUGUGUAUCUUGGUUGUGAAAACUGAGAAUCCAAAACAUUUUUGAAAGUGGUGAUUAAAUUUCAAGGCAAGUUAAAUUUGAUUCUUACUGUUCAGAUUUUGCUGGUUCCCAGUAUGUAUUUUGGUAUUUUUGGUUUAUAUUGUUAUAUAACUAUUGUCACUGAAUAACAGGAAUUACUAAUACGCUUCUUCAUUUUACCAUAAUCUAAAACAAGCAUGAACUGUUCGUUUGAUGACAUUUGUUGUAAAAAAAAACAAAAACGCUUUAUAAAUAAAAUUUAAAUGAAUUGAAUUUGUUAAACAUCUGCGUGGCAGAAAUGGUAUUACAACUUGCCCCAAAGGGACGCUUUCCAUGCUGGAUAUAUAAAAAUAUCUGAUUCAAGAAUACUAUUAUCAGUAACAGGAAGAUGUGAUAAAUCUAUUUUUUAUGCCAAGUAGAUGCAAAUGUAAGUGUGAUAAAAAGUGAAAUAUUGAAAUAUAUUUUAUGUUUGUUGCAUCUGUAAUACAUAUUUUCCAUGAACCUGCAUAAAAACUUUUUUUAAAAAUGAA